AAACGAAAACCCCGCGUGCGCGCGGAUCCUGACGCGCGAGACCAGGAGCAGGAGCGCAAGGGCCCCCGGCAAGGUAACUGCCACAGUCACCACGACCACACAGCCACACAGCCUGACAGACACCCCGCGAUCGGCGUGCCACACAUGUAAAAAGCCACUCCAGAAGUGUCCAAAGCGCAGUGCGGAGGCGCACUGGCACUGCGCCGCAGCUGACGCCGACCCGGCACGCCGCCUCUUUCCGUGUAGGCUGCCCGGCCGCCGCCGCCACCACCACCAUGCACCCGGCGAGCUCGAAACCGAUGGAAGUCGCGGCCGUGGCGUGCCGCGCCGGGCUGCUCGCGCGGGCCCGUCCAGGCAGCAGGCCGCGCACGCGGCGGUUUGCCGUCGGUCCCGCCCCGUCGGCGGCUCGAAGAAGGCUGCUCGUCGCGUCGCUCGGGGUCGGGGAGCCACUCCCGGCGCAAUCCCUACUAUGCGAAGAGGCCGUGGCGCUGGAGGUUGGGGUCGGGGAGCCACUCCCGGCGCGAUCCCUGGGCGAGGACGCCGUGGCGCUGGAGGUGGGUGAGGAUGAUGAUCUGGACUCCCUUGUUUCUGCCGAGAAUCUCUUGCCUCCCGCUGCUGCUGCUGACGUUCCUGAGGAUAGGACAGUGCGUGUCAAGUUCGUGCUGAGGAAGCAGUGCGCCUUUGGCCAGCAGUUCCUCGUCGUCGGUGACGACGCGGCGCUCGGACUUUGGGAUCCGGCUAAGGCGAUCGCCUUGAAUUGGUCAGAAGGCCACGUCUGGACGGCGACGACGGAUUUGCCGGCGAACAGGUCGAUCGAGUUCAAGUUCCUGCUGCGAGAUGCCUCGGGGCAUGUCCGUUGGCAGCAUGGCACUAACAGAACUCUGCAAAUUACUGAAACCCCAAACACCAUGGUUGUCCACGAAGACUGGGAUCACGGCAACAAACAGAAAGUAUCAGAGGAGGAAGAGCUCUCCAUCGGGGCAGAAGAUGUGGUAUUUUCAGAGGAUCUUGAAGGAACAAAUGGCGCAAUGCCGGUAGAUAACAAUCCCCAAAAGCAUGAGAAUCUGGAGACCGACAGGUCGGCUGUGGUGGUUGCAGAUGCUCCUCUGCAGUGGGAAAUGGUAGCAGCAAAUGGAACGGACCAACCACAGCUGAUGCUGGACAAACACCAGACGAUUCUUGAAGAGGUCCCCGGAGAACAAAACGGCCCACCUUCUGCCGGUGAUUAUGCUGGCAAUGGCGACGACGACGACGACGACACUACCUUGUAUCAGGGAGGUGACCUGCUGCAGAACAGGCCGACAAGUAUAUUUGAGAACGACUUGGCCUGGGCCGGGAAAGCCAUGCAGCAGCUGCUUCGGAUCCUCGGUUUCCAGAUCGGCACAACAAGAACAUGAUAUUCAGCUUCAGCUACCGUCGUGUAUAUGUUGCAAACCUGCUGUUUUGAAGGAUCACCUAUGCCUUCAACUCACUUUUCAACGCUGAAAGAAGCCUCAGAGCUGAGGAUUGUAACUGAAACUCCAGUGACAGCAGCAAACAUCAGCCGUCUUCCCCUGCACUGUGUUGCAUAUAGCAAUUACUAGGAGAUAAGUAACUAGUACUGCAAGUAUGUUCAGUUUAGAAAUAGUGACUAAUAACGUGAGAAUCAUCGACUUCUUAUCUGCUUCUUGUGAAGGCAGACUCCAUCUGUACAAUAUGGCAAAUCUCAGUGCCAUGUGAAAUCAAAUCUGUGGAGGUAACUCUAAAAGAGGAAUAGAUGUGAGUGUAUAACUCAAGAAAUCUGAGCACUUAAAUGUAUUCAUGGUUGAAAUAAGUCUGUAAAGGAUUUAGUGCCGUUUAUAAUAGACAUGUAAACAUGACAACUGGUACAAGCAUUCCAUUUUUAA